AUGAAGUUACUUACGCAUAAUUUCCUGUCAUCAGUCUUUCUGAAAGGUGUUACGGAGGGUUAUCCACUAAUUUUGUCAGCAACAAGAAAAGAAAUAACUGAACACGAAUAUAACGACUCGUUUAUACAACGGAUGAUUCCAAAGCUAAACUAUGGUGCUUUUCGAGAAGCAGCGCUAAGUAUAGGUGAAGGUGAUAAAUUGCCUGAGCAAUUGCCUGAGAAAUUGGAAGAUAAGGAGUUGAAGAAUGAAUUGCAUCGCUUAUUGGUGUGCUUAGAAGUCAUCGAAGGUGAAUUGAAAUGUCCUGAAAGUGGACGAGUUUUUCCAAUUCGUGAUGGUAUACCAAAUAUGCUGACAGAUGCAAAUGAGAUCAAGUAG